AUGAACCCCUGUCAACAUCCUAUAGUUGUAUUAAGAGAUGUCACUCACAAAGCCAUGAAGGACCUGUUACAGUUUAUGUAUCAUGGAGAAGUCAGUGUUAAAAGAGAAGAUCUUACCAGUUUUAUAGGUACAGCUGAAGUUUUGCAAAUUAAGGGUUUAACAAAUAAAGAGACAGAAGAAGAAGAUAAUGGAAAAGCAAAGGAACUAUCACAGCAAGAUUUCAAUUGCCAUAAUGACAGUCCUGAAGCAGUGUCAUGCACUUCUGAUAACUUUGACAACAGUACUAAUGAAUUAGCAGAAAAUAAUGAGCUAGAGCAUGCUUAUAAUGAGGGCCCAGUUGAUAUAACUCCUUCGCUCAACACAACCAUCCAUAAGAACAGUAUAGACAAAGAGAUAAAUGAUAAUUGCAAAGACCAAACAGUGACUUCUAAUUCACUAGAAUUAAAGGCAGAAUGUGAAGAUAUAGACAUAGUUGUCACCGAUCCUGCUGUUUGUACCACUCCAAAGAGUUAUGAAACAUGUAGAGAUGGCAAGAAUAAUACAUCUGUUGCCAUAGACUAUCAGUCCCCACAAGACAAUCCCACAAGUUUGAACUCAUUAUUUUUGGACCUUAAAAACUUAGUCAAUGGUAAGGCGCACUGUCCC